AUUCUGUUCCGCAGAUUGUUAAUGGCCAUUACAUCACUUCUGAUAGCAAUCACAAGACCAGCAUAGACUUCUCCAAAGCCAUGGAGCUUGUUGGUGAUCCAAGCAACGCUCUGUUUAAGACCAGGUUCUCUACCUACUAUAAGGCAGCCAUGCCCAAUGGAAGAAACUACACUGUUAAAAAAGUUAUUUGGAGCGAGAAGGUCUUACAAAUGGGCAGCCAUGAGAUGUUUGAGAGGGAGCUUGAGGUCCUAGGGAGGCUAAGCAAUUCAAAUAUCAUGGUCCCAUUAGCCUAUGUGUUGACUGAGGACAGUGCCUACUUCUUCUAUGAGCAUAUUCACAAAGGCACAGUCUUUGAUUAUCUUCAUAAAAGCUUUGAAACCGCUCUGGAUUGGCCAUUGAGGUACAGAAUUGCGCUUGGCGUCGCUCAGGGACUCACUUUUCUGCAUAGCUGCAAUCAACCCGUUCUCCUUCUCGAUCUUUCUACAAAGAGUAUUCAUUUGAAGUCCAUGAAGGAGCCUCAGAUCGGCGAUAUUGAGCUUUGUAAGGUUAUAGAUCCCUCAAACAGCACUGGAAACCUCUCCAUUAUAGUUGGCUCAGUUGGUUAUAUUCCUCCAGAGUAUGCAUACACAAUGAGGGUGACAAUGGCUGGUAAUGUUUAUAGUUUUGGGGUGGUCCUGCUCGAGUUGCUGACUGGAAAGCCGCCUGUUAGCGAGGGGAUCGAGCUCACAAAAUGGGCGGUUAGCCAAUCCGCACGGCUUGAUAAAUGGGAGAAAAUUCUUGAUUCAAAUGUCUGCAGCGCUUCGCCUGCAGUUCGCAGUCAGAUGUUAUCUGUUUUGAAAAUUGCUCUGAGUUGUGUUAGUACCUCUCCACAUUCAAGGCCAAAGAUGAGGAAUGUGCUGAGGACUUUGUUCAAUGCAAGAUAGUUAAAGAACUUGAGCUUUGUGUUAAGUUCAUCUUCAGAAUCAAGGCCUUAUCUUUUGAUAUAUUAUUAGGUCAUAUAGUUUAC